UUGUGAAUUUCAAUGCCCCCUUCCUCCACCCCCUUGCAAAUUAAAAUAACUUCCAAAUUGCAUUUCAUCUCCAUUUCCAUUCCAAAAUUUUCAAUUUCCUUCUAGACGUUACUUUCUCCUCUCUCUCUCUCUCUCUCUCUCUAGAAAUGUCUCUCACUGUCUUUGUGUGAUGAUUCCUCGGUCUCAUCGAUGGAGAUGGAAGCUUUAAGGCUCUGGCUCUCUUAGCUUUAAAGUUGUUCUGACAUUUGGACUCCUUUGGUAGUUGGAACGCCGCUGAUCUUUCUCUCGGAAACUGUUUUCACCGUAUUUCGGCUAUUUAAAGCAUGUGUGGUGGUCCUGAACGAUCUAAAACAACUUCGUCUGAGUCCGCUGAAACCAACUCUAACCCCGAAAACAUGAAUCAUCUAACCGUUGCAACUGAAGAUUCUUUGUCUAGCUCACUUGAAUUUGCUUCUGACAAUGAUGUUGAAGGAUUUAAGCAAUUGAUUGAUCAGGAUGCUUCGUCAAUUAAUCAGAUUGGACUAUGGUAUAGCCGUCCGAAAGGGUCAAAACAUAUUGUUUCCGAGCAAAGAACUCCGUUAAUGGUUGCUGCUACCUAUGGUAGUGUUGAUGUUGUGAAGUUUAUUGUCUCGCACCCUGAGGCUGAUGUAAAUUUCUCAUGUGGUUUGGAUCAAAGCACUGCCCUUCACUGUGCUGCUUCUGGUGGAUCUGUUAAUGCAAUGGAUAUUGUCAAGCUCCUUCUAUCUGCUGGUGCUAAUCCGAGUUGCAUGGAUGCUAGUGGUCAUCGCCCAAUUGAUGUUAUUGUUGUUCAUCCCAAGCUGCAAAGCAUGCGUUCUGUUCUUGAGGAGCUUCUCUCAAAAAAUGCUUCUGAUGGCUCAGCAAGUGACUGCAGUUUACACCUAUCGAUUAUUACAUCAAAUUCUGAUUCACUUGCGCUUUCUUCCUCCUCGGAAAAUGGAUUGCAAUCGCCAUCAGAAUCAGUUUCUUCUCCUGCUUCAAAGUUCACUGAGUUGCUUGUUAAUUCUAACUCAGAGAAGAAGGAAUAUCCAUACGAUCCAUCUCUACCUGACAUUAAGAACAGCAUUUAUGCCACAGAUGAGUUCCGCAUGUUCUCAUUCAAGGUCCGACCUUGCUCACGGGCAUACUCUCAUGAUUGGACAGAGUGCCCUUUUGUUCACCCAGGGGAGAACGCCCGAAGAAGAGAUCCCCGCAAGUUUCACUAUAGUUGUGUGCCCUGCCCUGAAUUUCGUAAGGGUGCUUGUAGACGUGGAGACAUGUGUGAGUAUGCUCAUGGGGUCUUUGAAUGUUGGCUCCACCCUGCUCAAUACCGAACCCGGCUUUGCAAAGAUGGCACAAGCUGCAACAGACGAGUAUGUUUUUUUGCACACACGACUGAGGAGCUGCGUCCUUUGUAUGUGUCAACUGGAUCUGCUGUCCCUUCCCCGCGCUCUUCUGCAUCUGGUCCUACUGUCAUGGACAUGGCUGCUGCUUUGAGUCUUUUGCCUGGUUCACCUUCAUCAGUCUCUGCUAUGUCUCCAUCCCCGUUCAGUCAGUCCAUGUCUCCAUCAGCAAAUGGCAUAUCUCAAUCAUCAGUAGCAUGGCCUCAUCCAAAUGUGCCAACGCUUCAUCUCCCUGGAAGCAACCUCCAAUCAAGCCGCUUGAGAUCUUCACUUAGUGCGCGGGACAUUCCACCUGAAAAUUUAAAUUUGUUGCGUGAAUUGGAUGCUCAGCAACAGCUCUUGAAUGAACUGAACUGUUUCUCACAACCCCGACCAAGUCCCAUCUCUGUUGGUCGUUCUGGCCGCUCUAAAACAUUAACCCCCUCAAAUCUCGAAGAGCUAUUUUCUGCUGAAUUCUCCUCUUCACCUCGAUUUUCAGACCAUACAGCUGCUUCUGUUUUCUCACCUACCCACAAAUCAGCUGUACUGAAUCAAUUUCAACAACAGCAGAGCAUGUUAUCGCCCAUCAAUACCAAUGGUAUGUCACCCAAAAAUGUUGAUUAUCCUCUUUUACACGCUCAAUUUGGAGUUCAAUCUCCUGGAAGGAUGUCACCUAGGAGCGUGGAGCCAAUCUCCCCAAUGGGCUCUAGGCUAUCAGCAUUUGCCCAGCUUGAGAAUUCGCACCAGCAGCUACGCAGCCUCAGCUCAAGGGAUCUUGGCAACAACUUCUCCUCCAUGGUUGGGUCUCCUGUAAAUUCUUGGUCAAAAUGGGGAUCUCCCAGUGGAAGGUUGGAUUGGUCUGUUAAUGGGGAAGCUGAGGGUAGAAUGCGAAGAUCAUCUUCAUUUGAGCUUGGGAACAAUGGGGAGGAGCCUGACCUUUCCUGGGUUCAAUCUCUAGUUAAGGAAUCACCACCUGAGAUGAUGAAAGAUAAGUUUGCAGCUCCGGUUUCAAGUGCUGUCACAUCCGGUGAGGUUUUGAAUUCCAAUUCUCAAAUUGAAUCCAUUGAUCAUUCUGUUUUGGAUGCUUGGCUUGAGCAGAUGCAGAUUGAUCAGCUAGUAGUCUAGUUAAAAUGAAUUCAUUUUACUCAUUGAACUAGGUAUUUAAGUUCAGAAGGUACAUAUUCUUUUUCUGGGUUUCUUUACUGGAAAUCGAAGUUAAAAUUAAAGUGUUAACUGGUGGUGGUAAGGUUGAAGGUGGUGGAGAGGCUGGCUCAAAUGUUCUGGAAGAUAGUAUUCAAUUUUUUUCCAUUUAUUCUUUUCACAAGAAAUCGGAGAAGGAUGAAAGAUCCUCCGGGAUUAGAAAACAUAGUCUAGUUUUGGAGGUUCUUCACAUUUUUUUAUUUUGUGCAUUUUAUUUUCAUUUAAUUUUGUCUCUGAAGAAACUACAGUAUUGACUGCAACAAAAACAAAGAGCUCUCUGUAUUUUGUUGUGCCUCAUUUUUCUUCAAUAUUUUCUGUUGUCAAUCUCUGUAAUUGUGGUUAGGCAAAAUGAACUUUGGAGGGAGAUUAUUUUCUUUGGAAGGUGCAAAAGUGUUGUACCCUUGAGAUUUGCAUUGUUGUGGUAGUGGGGCAGUUUGCAAAUGGUUUCUCCGUUAAUGUAAAACUGAAUCAAUUAUAUUAUUAUUUAUAUGGAUUCCUUUAUCA